AUGAACACGGACGACCCCGAACUCGAAGAGAGCGCGCAAUUCGAGAAGCUCGCGGACGAGCCGCUCGGCAAGGGCGCGUACGGGCAGGUGUUCCGCGCGCGACGCGCGGACGGGAACGCGGAGUUCGCGGUGAAAGACGCAGAGAUUGCGAGCAAGGUGCCGAUCUGGAUGCACGGGAUCCCGCGCACGAUGUUUCAGGAGGUGAUGGUAAUGAAGGAGCUGCGCAGCGCGCACGUGAUUCCGCUGCAGGCCGUGUACGUGCGCGCGCAGCAGGUCUGCACGGUGAUGCCGCUGUACACGUGCGACCUGAAGCGCGUGCUGAGCCGGCACACGGCGCUCUCGGAGGCGCACGUGAAGCGGCUGGCGCUGUCGAUUCUGGAAGGCUUGGCGUUCCUGCACAGCCACUGGUUUCUGCAUCGCGACUUGUCGCCGGCGAACGUGUUCGUGGACCGCGCGGGCAAUGUGCUGCUCGCGGACUACGGCAUGGCCACAAGCUUCGGCACGAGCCGCAAGUUCAACUACCGCGAAGAAGUCGUGACGCUCUGGUACCGCGCGCCGGAGCUGCUGCUCGGCGCGGAAAUGUACCAGGACAAAGUAGACGUCUGGGCGUUCGGCUGCAUCCUCGCGGAGAUCUUCCUGGGCGGCCAGCCGCUGUUCAACGGCGCGAACCGCGAGGAGCAGCUCGCGAAGAUCUUCGCGGUGCUCGGCACGCCCGGCUCGAAGGACAACGCCGGCACGCUCUGGCCGCUCGCGUACAGCCUGAUCGAGUUCCAGCUGUUCGAGCACCGCGCGCCGACGCCGCUGGCGAGCGUGUUCACCGCGCUCGACCCGGAAGCGGUCGACCUGCUGCAGCAGUGCCUCGCGCUGAACCCCGCGGAGCGCAUCUCCGCGAGCAAGGCGUGCGCGCACCCAUGGUUCCAGCGCGCGCCGCUGCCCUGUGACAAGGCGCAGCUCGCGUUCCCCGGGCUCUGA